AUGGCAUCAAGCUUUAGUGUGAACGCCCUCACGCCCGUCGAGGUGGUGGAGAUGAUCACUGCCACGGGUGCACGCAAGGGAAAUAUGCGCCUGGACAAAGUCUUCUUCAGCGGUGUUUCUGCUGGUUGCAUGCUCGCGUUUGCCUGUGCUACCGUGCUCAGCACAAACACUGCGCCCUGGUGGCAAGAAAAUGCUCCCGGUCUGAUCCGUACUAUUGGCGCCUUGGUCUUCCCUUAUGGUUUGUGCAUGAUCAUCUUGACCGGCGCUGAUCUGUGUACUGGCUCUUUCAUGUUCACCACCUUGGCGGUUCUCCAGCGCCGUCUUUCAUGGUACAAAAUGUUGACUCACUGGGUCCUCACCUUUCUAGGCAACUUGGCUGGGUCGCUGUUCAUGGUAUCCAUCAUCCUCGGAUAUGGCGAUAUCCUCUCUGCUGCCCCUUACAGUACCGAGGUCAUCAACUUCGCGACUAAGAAGCAGGUCACUCCAGAAUGGCAGAUGAUAUUUCUGCGUGGAAUUGGCUGCAACUGGCUCGUCUGUCUAGCAUGCUUCUUUGGUAUUCAAGGCCGCGACCUCGCUAGCAAGGUUAUCGGCAUCUGGAUGCCCAUUUUCGCCUUCGUGUCUCUAGGAUUCGAUCAUGUUGUGGCGAACAUGACCUUUAUUCCGAUGGCUAUCUGGUUGAAUGCUCCCGGUAUUUCGGUCGGUUUGUAUAUCUGGAAGGGUAUCAUUCCGGCCCUAAUUGGUAAUAUCAUUGGAGGAGGAUUGUUUUGCGGGACAUACUACUGGUACAUGUAUGCACUUGACGAGAACCUCUCGGUGGGCGCCAUCAAAGGUCUCGUCGGCAAGAAGGGGACUGUCAGCUCGGAGGAUAUCGAAUCCAGCGCCGCUACUGUUACCGCUCCUGUUGACAAGGAAGAAAAGUCCGCUUAG